AUGGUGACCCACACCGGCGUCCGUGCGUUCCAGUGCUCGAUCUGCUGCAAGCGAUUCACCCAGAAGAGCUCGCUCAACGUCCACAUGCGCACCCACCGCCCCGAACGCUUCCAGUGCUGCUUCUGCAAUAAGUACUUUUCUCACCGCACCCUCCUGGAGAGGCACAUCGCCACACACACCGCCUGA